CUAAAAAAUCCAAAUUUUCCACAUUUAACCUUUCUCUAUAUUCGUUUCUCACAAUCACAAACCCCAUUUCACACCCAAAAAAGAAAAGUCAAAAGCCACCAUCACACAAAUUCAUCACAGAACCCAAACAAAAAAAAAAAACCCAAAAACCAAAAACCCCAUUUCUAAAAAUCAAAACUUUAUCAUCUUACAACGAUCAAUGAUUAACAAAACCAUGUCUUCUUCACUCUCCUUUCUGUUCUUCACCAUAUUCACUUUCUGGGUAUGUUUCACUUCAUCCCAAGUUGAAGAAGACAGCGUAAAAUGUCUCAGAGGAAUACAACAAAACCUAGGAAGCCCCGAAAGUUCUAUCUCAUCUUGGAGUUUCAACAACAAAACUGUCGGAUUCAUAUGUGACUUUGUUGGUGUUACAUGUUGGAAUGUUAGAGAAAAUCGUGUCUUGGGUUUGGAGCUGAAAGGUAUGAAACUUUCUGGUAAGAUCCCAGAAUCUUUGAAGUAUUGUGGUCAAAGUUUGCAAAAAUUGGAUCUUGGUUCAAAUUCAUUAACUUCAGUUAUUCCAACACAGAUCUGUAGUUGGAUGCCAUUUUUGGUAACUAUGGAUUUAUCAAGUAAUGAUCUUUCUGGUCCAAUUCCUAAUACUAUUGUUAAUUGUUCAUAUUUGAAUGAGUUAGUUUUAUCUGAUAAUCAUCUUAGUGGUAGUAUACCUUAUGGACUUGGUAGUUUAACUCGGCUUCAUAAGUUUAAUGUUGCUAAUAAUCAACUUAGUGGUGAUAUUCCAUCUUUUUUUAAUGGUGUUGAUAAGGAAGAUUUUGAUGGGAAUAGUGGUUUAUGUGGUGGUCCACUUGGAUCAAAGUGUGGUGGUAUGAGUAAGAAGAAUCUGGCUAUUAUUAUUGCUGCUGGUGUUUUUGGUGCUGCUGGUUCUUUGUUGUUGGCUUUUGGGUUAUGGUGGUGGUAUCAUAUUAGGUUAAGUGGGACGAGGAGGGGGAGGAGUAAGGAAGGGUAUGUUGUUGGCGGGGUUGAUGAUUGGGCGGUUAGGUUGAGAGGUCAUAAGCUUGCUCAAGUUAAUCUUUUUCAGAAACCGAUUGUUAAGGUUAAGCUUGGUGAUUUGAUGGCUGCUACGAAUAAUUUUAGUUCGGAGAAUGUUCUUAUUACGACUAGGACCGGGGCUACUUAUAGGGCGGAUUUACCGGAUGGUUCGACGCUUGCUGUGAAGAGGUUGAGUAGUUGUAAGAUUGGUGAGAAGCAGUUUAGGAUGGAGAUGAAUCGGUUGGGACAAGUUAGGCAUCCGAAUUUGGCGCCUUUGUUGGGGUAUUGUGUUGUCGAAGAGGAGAAGCUUUUGGUUUAUAAGCAUAUGUCGAAUGGGACACUUUUUUCGUUGUUGCAUAAGAAUAGCGGUGCGUUGGAUUGGUUGAUGAGGUUUAGGAUAGGGUUGGGUGCAGCUAGGGGACUUGCGUGGUUGCAUCAUGGUUGUCAUCCUCCGAUUAUACAACAGAAUAUUUGUUCUAAUGUGAUUCUUGUUGAUGAAGAAUUUGAUGCUCGGAUCAUGGACUUUGGACUCGCCAGGCUUAUGACAUCUGAUGCCAAUGGUAGUUUUGUGAACGGUGAUUUGGGGGAACUCGGUUACAUAGCUCCUGAGUAUUCGAGUACGAUGGUUGCUUCGUUGAAAGGGGAUGUGUAUGGAUUCGGUGUUUUGCUUUUGGAGUUGGUCACAGGGUACAAACCUCUCGAGGUGAACCACGGUGAUGAAGAGUUUAAGGGUAACUUGGUGGAUUGGGUUCAUGUGCAUUCUAGUUCAGGCAGACUCAAGGAUUGCAUCGAUAAGGCAAUAUGUGGGAAAGGUAACGAUGAGGAGAUUCUGCAGUUUCUGAAAAUUGCAUCCAAUUGUGUCAUUACUCGCCCAAAAGACAGGUGGUCUAUGUACCAAGUUUAUAAUUCGUUGAAGGGAAUAUCCAAAGAUCACAGUUUCUCCGAACAAGAUGACGAAUUUCCCUUGAUCUUCGGUAAACCAGAAAACGAGCCAGCUUAGUUCAUGAAGCAGGUGGCAGCAUAUGGAAAGAAGAUGUAAACUGUGUUCUUACCGAGUUACUAAUUAUGGUGGAGAGUUUUCAGAGUGAUUCUAAAUCCUUAUGUUCAUUAUUGACUCGAAUCAGGUAUAAUUGUAUUUGUAUGAUAUUAUAAUCUUUCUGGUAUAGGUUAGGUUCUUGCGAUUUUAUGAAAUCUAAUAUGGUUCGAUGUCUGUUCAUCUAAGUUAUUUGGAGUAUGUUUAAGAUUUGAAUCCAAAAACAUAUGUCCCCUCUUGUUGUCUGUAAAGAUGUGUUAUUAAAAUGAUUAAUCUUAAUUCUGCUUUGCUAA